UCACUGAAGUAAUCAUUUUUUGCUUGUUUCCUUGAAUUUGGUAGUUUGCAUUUGAUAUAUGCUAAAGUUAGGCAACUUUUUAGGCAUUAUCAACCAAAAAUUGAAACAUUUAGCUGAAAAAUCAACAAAAUGCGUGUGGUUUUUGUUGUAUUUAUUAUUAUAAGUGCUUUUAAUGUUGUUUUUGUAUCAUGCGCUGUUACUGAAGCACAAUUAAAAUCAGGUGGGAAGUUAUUACGUAAAAAUUGUCAACCAAAGACGAAAACUUCAGAUGAAUCUAUUGAAAAUAUGCAUAAAGGUAUUUGGGAUGAUGAGCCAACAACAAAGUGUUACACGUUUUGCUUAAUGUCAUUCUAUAAAUUAGUGAAUAAAAAAGGACUUUUUGAAGAGGAAUAUGCGUUAUCACAGUUGGAAAUGUUGCCACAACCAAGACAACAACCUACGUGGGCAUCAGCACAAAAAUGCAAAGAUAAAUCUGAUUGUUGUACGGAUAAGUGUGAAAGAGCAUACGCCAUGAUGAAAUGUGUAUAUUUCGAUAAUCCAGAGAACUAUUUUGCUCCCUAAAUCUACCAAAAAAGUCGGCAACCAAAUAUACACCAAACCAACAAACGCAUUCUUUCAAAUGACAUUUGGGGGACACAUCAGAGAGUCUUUUUCAUCAUCUAUCAAUAUAAUUACUCCCACUCCUAUUAAUUUGAUUAAUUCAUUACGAUUACUGCUCCUAAAUAGUCCACAGCCACAAAUAUAAAGAGAAAACAAUACAUUCGAAUAAAAACGUACAAAAAACGACAUCAAUAACACUGAUAAGACUAACAAGACUAUUUAGAAAGGGAAAAUACACUAAUAACACUAAUAGUAACAAACAUAACUAGAAAGUACUAAAAGCAAUUCCAAAAUAUAAACAAUUUCAACCACACACACAAUUUUUAACACAUUAUGUACAUCAAUAUAAAAUAAUUAAAUUUUAUAACAAUAUCGACAGAGAUAAAAUUAUUAUUGUUUGAAUUCGAGAAUAAAGGUUUGUUUGUGGAUCAA